AGACGACAAGAGAAGGAGAAGGAGGAGAAGAAGACGGUGAAGAAGGAGAACGAGAAGAAGGACGAGGAGGGGAUGGAGAAGAAGAAGGAGAAGGAGGAGAAGGUGGAGGAGGAGGAGGAGAUGAAGAAGGAGAAGGAGGAGCAGAAGAAGAAGACAAAAGAGAAGGAGAAGAAGAAAGAGGAGGAGGAGAAGAAGACGACAAAGAAGGAGAAGGAGAAGAAUGAGGAGGAGGAGAAGAAGAAGACGACAAAGAAGGAGAAGGAGAAAAGGAGGAGGAGAUGAAGAAGAAGUCGUGAAGGGGAAGUAGAAGAAGGAGGAGGAGUAAAGAAGGAGAAGACGAUGACGAAGGAGAAAAAGAAUAAAAAAAGAAGGAGACGAAGAAAACGAAGGAGAAGAAGAAGAAGACAUUCAUACACUCAAACUGGGAUUGUGCAUAACAGCCUAAAACAAAGAACAUGGUAAAAGUCUUUGUAGUUGAUUAAGAUGGCAACUAUGGUGUGUUUAUGUGCCCUGAGAGCGGGUUUAUAACCCAGCUGAGGGGUGACGAGGGACGGUCUUAGCACAAAGAAGUGUUAAUGUAUGUAGAUUUGGAGGUAGGGGCCAUUCUUCAUUGAUGCAGUGUUCAGAUGGGGCACACCUGCUCACAUCAACCUAAAUGAUCGGCUUUGCUCUGUAGACUCAUGCUAAUUACACCCUGGUGAUACAUCAAUGUGGAUUGAUUUAGCUUUGCUCCAUAGAGCACAAAAAGCCCUUUUAAUCAUUUCCCCAUCUACCCCAAUCGGAGGGCCGCAGUCUUCAACAAGGCCACAGGAAUGAGGUACAGCAGUCCCAGAAUAAUUACAUGGAAGCUCCAGGACUGAUUAGACGUGUCCCAACAGCACUCACUGUGUUUUCUGUCUCCAGCACUGCCGUCAUGGUUAAGGGUUUGUUAUGAAAAGCUUUCAUGGUCACAGAAUUGAAACUGACCUUUAAGAAGAGCAACUCGAAUGAGUUUCACUUUUCCUCUGUUUGCGAUAAGAAAUAUUGCCUAUAAGAAAAAAACUAUAAUAAUAAUAAUUCCACACACUUCUCUUAGUGAAUUGAAUAUACCUAAAACCUACCUAAAAAAUCAAUCCUCAAUUACAUUUAGGACAUUGUGAUUUCAUGAAGAAGAAGAAGAAUUAGAAGAAGGAACCUACACAUUACCUACACAUUACUGUCAUGUAAAAUCUACAUACUUUUCAAUAAUAUUAAUAUUCUAAUAUUCAAACCUUCACAUUCAGUGGCCACAAAAAAUGAUUGGGACAGUUAUGUCUAUAUUUAAUUGCAUAAGAUAAUAAAAUAUCAAAUCAAGUGUCUGUAUCUGCAUUCAAAGGCAGGAGAUUUCUUUAAAAUAAUAUACAGUAAAUGCCACUUGGUUUAAUAUUUUGUUAUAUAAUGACAUUCAAAUAUCUUUAAAUGUAUCUUAAAGUGCGCCUAUUAUGCUUUUUGGAAUAGUACACUGUAACGGAUUUCUGUAAUUUGAACAGUAUUUUACUGUAAACGGCAAAGGAUUAUAUGGUAAUUUUUCUGUACUGUAAAUCAAUUUACAGUAGUGAACUUGCCCGUGAAAAACUGACCAAUGGCAAGAGAUUUCUUUUUCAAGUUUUUUUUUUUUUUUUUUUUUACUCUUACCUUUCAUGCAGUGUGUAAUAUAGCUGUUUGUGAAUGUAAAAGAUCUACAAAGUUGUAAAGAUCAAAGUGCAUGACAAAUAAAGUUACUGCCAAAAUGAGUCUUCACACUGUAAAAAAUUAUUUUCAUGAUUUGUUAUCACAACAUUUUUUUUCAAAUCAACUUAGAUAAUUAAUUUUGUUCAGAUAACACAAUAUUUAGAGUCUCUGUUGAUUAAACCAAUCGCCUUCAUUGUAUUAGCUCAAUUUUUUUAAUUUAAAUGAGGCAACCAGGUAACUUACUUUUUUAAGUUAAACCAACAAUUCUUUUUUACAGUGCAGUAAUUCCAGGCUC